CUCUAGCCCAAUGGAGGGAACUAGAGCAAAGGUCUCUGGCUCAGUGGAGGUAGUGGAAGGAACUGAAGCAGGCCCAGUGGGUGGGAAGGGGAGGAAACUAGAGCAGGCCUAGUGGGUGGACGGGGAAGGAAAAGACUAACGUGACGCCAAGGGUCUAUUUGUUUUAAACACACAAAACCAUAAGUCUAUCCUCAGCUCGACCUUUUUCCUCCUUCGGCUAGAUUCAUCUGCUCUGCUGGUGCAAUCCGGGUCCUUUCUCUCGGUGCUGUGCUGUGUGUUUUCAUUAGAGCUAAACCUACAUUUUGGAUUUUGGAGUUAGGUUGGUCUUGAUCCAACCACCAAGAGGGAAUCCGAGCUAUGAUGAUGGAAUGUUAGGGAGUUCUGAAAGUUCAAAGUAAUUGUGGGUGAAUAGGAACUAGUGAUUUGAUUAGCUGGUGGAAAAGACACUUGGUCACGUCAAACAAGCACACCAUUGUUUUGAUGCAAACUUCGCAGAACAGAGCACCUAGAACGUUUGUGGAUUAUGAUUCUAUCAGUCAAGCUAUGGACGGUAUACGUGGACUAUAUGAAAGGAAACUUAAAAAGCUCAACCCAGCAACUCAAAACAUCACGUAUGACAUUGGUGUUCUUUACAAUUUUAUUGAUGGCCUUGCAGAUAUGAUUGCCCUCGCAUAUGACUCUCUCUCUCUUCCUCCGCCUUUUUCUGGUCUUCUUUGCAGAUUACUUUUUCAAAUCAAACCUGGCUUACAAUUUCUCUUAUGCUGGUAUACAGUUCUCCUGACUAAGCCUGACAUUUCCAUAACCAAAAUAGGAUGGAGAUCAAUGGGUCGGCUGGUGUGUCUGAGAAUGCUGUAGAUAGGAUUGUUGUGAAGAGUUUCUGAACCUACAGAAGUUUCUAAUUAUUUCAACUGCCAUAGUUGCACACUUGCGGGGCUUCAUUUUAACUUCAUUCAGAUUCGUAGCCAGUGAUUUAGCAAAACAUGGCCAUUUUGACACUGGAAUAGAGUUAUGCCACUAUGUGAUAGAACAAAAGCAUGUUGGAUCAAAGAGGAAAAGUAGGGAGCCUAUGCAUAGGGUAGGAAACUUUGGAUCUAAGAAGAGUGGUGACACUUUUAUCAUGCAUGACAUUGUGCUUAAUGCAAUCACUAAGCAGUUAUGUAGUU